AUGCUUUACAAUUAUCCUUUACGAUUUGAACAUAUAGAAGAAGCACUCUCCAAAUAUGAAGGUUUAAAGAAAAUGAUCCAAAGAAUAGUAGGAGUAAUUGACGAAUCUGUAGACUACAUCAAUGAAAGUAUUAGUCAAAACAGCCAUAUGUACUCAUUUGUAGAGUAUCAAAGAGAAGCAAGUGCUAUAGUCAGAGCUCGACAAGAAUUAAAAGAAUUACAAGAAUCUAGACUUCCAAAAGAACAACAAGCAUUUAAAGAAGCAAUGCAAAGAGGGCAAUCACAAAUAAGAAGAUCACCAAGAAUUACAGUAACAAUUAUAAUUGAAAAUGAUGAUAUGGAAGUAGAAGAAAUCUCCUAA